UAACCAGGCCGCGCAGCGCGCUAUGGAGCGGGCCGGGGCCUGUUCCUGGGCGGGGCGAGUAGCUGUGUCGGGUGCCCGGGCGCCGUUGUGACCGGCUGGCGCGGGCCGCGGGCGGGCGGCUGCUGCGGGGCCAGGCCUGGCGGCUCCCAUGGAUGACAGCAAGGUGAUCGGCGGCAAAGUAAAGAAACCAGGCAAACGAGGUCGUAAACCAGCCAAAAUAGAUUUGAAGGCAAAACUUGAGAGAAGUCGUCAGAGUGCGAGAGAAUGCAGAGCGAGAAAGAAGCUGAGAUACCAGUAUCUAGAAGAGCUGGUAUCAAGCAGAGAGAGAGCAAUCUGUGCACUUAGAGAAGAGCUGGAAAUGUACAAGCAGUGGUGCAUGGCAAUGGACCAAGGGAAAAUCCCCUCUGAAAUAAAAGCCUUGCUAACGGGAGAAGAGCAAAGCAAAUCACAUCAGAACUCAACCAAACUUGCCAAGGCUGGGAAGACAGAAACACACAGUAACAAUCCCUGGUGAAAGUUGUUCAGCUGAUAUGGAAGUCAGCGGUGAAUCCAAUCCUGCUUGGCAUCCCAUGAAAGAAUGGAGAAAAUUUUGCUUCAGAGUUCUGUUUGCUGUCUGUUCUGUGUGAUCUUUUUAAUUGUUACACCACAAAAAUCAGUGUUAAUAUCACCAUAAAGAGGUUGACACUAGCCCACAAAUGUAUACAAAUUCAGAGGUAAGGCUGAAAUUCGACUUUAACCAAUGCAUGCUUAAGUAUUGUAGCAUAUGUGACAUGUAAGAUCAUCUGAUAUCGAUACCCCUUCUGUAGGGAGGGGGAAGACACAAUUUCAGCCUUAACACUAAAUUUCUCUCUUGUUAAUACUAUGUAAUGUUCUCUUGGUUUUGGCUUUUUGUAUAAUUUAAUUUGUUUAUUACUUUUUAUGCUGGUUACUUGCGGGGGCGGUCCUUUUAAUCUGCAGGCCUCAUGCUCCUGAUAUUGCAUCAGCAGACCAAGAUCAAGUUGAAUUUGUGUUUGUCGUAUGCAUAUGUGGCAUACAUUGUAACAUCUCCCUUUAGCCAUUCUCCCAGAAGUUGUUAAUAUGUAUUAGUGAUGCUGUCAUUUGCAUUGCUAUUCUCUGUCUUGUCUCCUUUAAAUUGUGACUAGAAAAUAUUAAGGGCCUUAUUUCUUUACUAAUGAAUUGCAGCAACACCUCAUUUUUUU